GUUAUUUUAAAUGCGUUGCACUGGACACUAGAGGGUCAUUGUCCUUGUUUGGCAGUUUGCGGCGAAAGGGAAUUUUGUUGACAAGCAUCGACAGGCAUGGCUUCCCUGCUACAGUUUCUCCAUCUUCUUUACCAAUGGCAAUGGUUACCCCUUUUGACAGUUCUAUUUAUAAUCUACUCCACAUACUACUUGUUUCACGUCGUUCAGAAACCGCGUUUGAUUGGCAAGAAAGGUCGUUUGCAGCAGUUCAUUCUGCAAAGUUGUCCGAUUGUGAGCGAACAAUAUUGGCCAACCUUUUGGUGCUUCGGUGCAAGAGCUCAAACAGUAAUAAGGGCCUUGAUCCGAUCUAGGCCAUCAGUCCCUUUUCGAAGGGAGACUCUAGUGACCCCAGAUGGUGGAAUUGUUUGCCUGGAUUGGUUUGAUAAUGAUGAUAGUACUAUUUAUAAGGAUGCAGCAUCCAGACCUACUGUCUUAGUACUUCCUGGUUUGACCGGUGGGAGUGAGACAAGCUACUGCAGACACUUGGUGUUACUUGGAGAAAAACUUGGAGUUAGGACUAUUGUUGCCAAUCACAGAGGAUUUGGUGCCUCUCAAUUGAAGACUCCACGUACCUUCUGUGCUGCUAACACUGAAGACCUGAAGUUUGUCCUGUCACAUAUCCAUGGAAUCUAUCCCGAGUCGCCAAUUUUGGCCAUGGGAGUUUCAAUGGGCGGAAUGAUAAUGCUUCACUAUGUUAAUGAAAUGAGAGAAGAGGACAGGUAUGGUCUUGUUGCUGUCAUGGCUGUCUCUGUUCCAUGGGAUUGCAUGGAGUCCUGUUAUUCGCUUGAAGAACCAAUUAAUUGUUUCCUCUUCAACAAGCACCUGACAAAAAAUCUCGUCCACAUGUUGUACAGGAAUCUUGAAAUGUUUGAAAGGCAUGUUGGAAAACUUCCAUUAGAUAUUCACCAUGCAUUAAAGGGAUUUCAAAGUUUUGACAUUGAGCUUUACGGAUCUUAA